GGGAGAGCCCGACCUGAGGCCGCCGCCUGCUUUGGCUGGGUCCCACCAUGGGGCAGGACGGGACGGGACGGCGGCUGCAUCGGCCCGAGCCUGGAGCACAGCGGGAGUGCGGGCAGCCGGCCCCUCCCGCGGCGUUCAUGGACUUCCGCGCCGCCCGGAGCUCCGGCAGCAGGAAAAGCGACCCCAGAUCUGCGUCAGACCUGAAUAUAGCCCUGGAUGAAUGUAUGACGGCUGUGGAUUUAUUUCUAAGCAACAAAUUUCCUGAGGCCCUUGCUUUCCUACAAGCUAAAACUAAGGACAGUAUGUAUCAUGCACUGACAUAUGCCACUAUACUGGAAAUGCAAGCCAUGAUGACCUUUGAUGCCCAGGACAUGCUGAAUGCAGGAAACACCAUGAAAGAAGCUCAAGCCACCUGUCAAAAGUUUAGGAAGAAAUUGACUGUAGCUGAUUCCUUUAACAACCUUGUGCAUAGACAAAAUCUCGAACACUUUACUGAAGAGGAAAUUCAUGCAGAAAUUUGCUACGCUGAAUGCUUGCUUCAGAGAGCGGCUCUCACAUUCCUGCAGGAUGAGAACAUGGUUAGUUUCAUCAAAGGAGGCAUCAAAGUCAGGAACAGUUAUCAGACAUAUAGGGAACUGGACAGUCUUAUACAGUCGCCAAACUAUGUUAAAGGAAAGAACUAUCUCCAUUUUGAAGGAGGUGUAAAGCUUGGCGUUGGAGCUUUCAACCUGACAUUGUCCAUGUUCCCAACAAGGAUUCUACGAUUACUGGAGUUUGUUGGGUUUUCUGGAAGCAAGGAGUAUGGUCUGUUGCAGCUUCAGGAGGGAGCAUUGAUGUACAGCUUUAGGUCGGUGCUAUGUACCAUGCUGCUGCUGUGCUAUCAUACCUUCAUGACCUUUGUGUUAGGGACAGGGAAAGGAAACGUUGAAGAAGCAGAAAGGCUACUCAAGCCUUACUUGGCUCGCUAUCCAAAAGGAGCCAUAUUCCUGUUUUUUGCGGGCAGGAUAGAAACAAUAAAAGGCAAUAUUGAUACAGCAGUUAGUAGGUUUGAGGAAUGCUGUGAGGCCCAGCAGCAUUGGAAGCAGUUUCAUCACAUGUGUUACUGGGAACUAAUGUGGUGCUUCACCUACAAGCGCCAGUGGAGGAUGGCCUAUUUCUAUGCGGAUCUGCUAAGCAAAGAAAACAAUUGGUCAAAGGUUACCUAUAUUUACAUGAAAGCUGCCUAUCUCAGUAUGUUUGGCCCAGAUGAUCACAGACCCUUUGGGGAUAAUGAAGUGGAACUGUUUCGGAUCGUGCCUAGUUUGAAACUGAAAAUUGCAGGGAAGUCACUGCCUACAGAGAAGUUUGCCAUUCGGAAAUCUCGGAGAUAUCUUCCCUCAAACCCGGUCCCUUUGCCUGUGCCUGCUUUGGAAAUGAUGUAUAUCUGGAAUGGCUAUGCUGUGAUUGGAAAAUGUCCUGAUUUAACAGAAGGCAUGUUGCAGACAUUAACAGAGGCGGAAGCAGCUCUGGAAAGAAGCCCAGCUACAGAAUUACUAGCAGAUGACCAAUGUUUGGUAAAGCUGUUAAAGGGUUUAUGUCUGAAGCACUUGGGCAAGAUUUCUGAGGCAGAAGAUCAUUUCAUUUAUAUCCAUUUAAAUGAGAGGAAGAUAAAGUAUGACCAUUAUUUAAUUCCAAAUGCCCUGCUUGAACUUGCUGUACUAUACAUGGACCAUGGUAGAAGAGAAGAAGGAGUAAAGUUACUGGAAAGAGCAAAACAAAAUUACAAGAAUUACUCCAUGGAAACAAGAACACAUUUCAGAAUUCAAGCUGCCUUGCACCAAGCCAAAUCUGUCUCAGAAAAUGGAGUACAUUCUGGAGCUUCAGUGGUGUCGUAACCUUUUCUUCUUUGAUGUCUUUGUAUGCAAACUUUGAAACAUUAUCGCCCUUCUCUGUUAAAUCAGUGGGAGAGACCAGAACAUGUGAUACCUAAAAGCUUUUGAACCUGUGAUGAGAGUCUGGCAAGAAAACGAAACAACCUCCCCACUCCCACACCUUUACAAAAUAUUUCUUUUUCCAAAUGUGGCUUGUAAUAUAUCUUUGUAAUUAAUUUUUAAUUUGUGUGUAUAUAUAUUACAUUUACUUAUUUGCUAGGAUAUGAAAUGGGACAACUAAACAAGAAGGCUUAUUGGUUUUGAUCUGGUUAUGAAUGUAAAUUUAAAUGUAUAUUGAUGUUAUUGUGAAAAGGAAACACUUUUUCCGAUCCCUGAGUUGUUUACCUGUUUAGUUUGGUGAGAGAAAAUUCAGUCUUUCAGAUUGUCAGAAGUUUUUGAAUCCCAGGCAUUUUGUUAUUCAUACAACGAUCUUAUCAGGUUUUUCCUCUUCAGUAAUUUUCUAGCUGCUGAAACAAACUUGCUACUGAAGACAUUAAGAAGUUUCAAUUAUGCAAAUGUUUUUUUUGUUUGUUUGUUUUAAAUUUCACGCUGUGUUCUAUCAUUUUUGGAAGCUGGAUAAUUUACAGUAUAGCCAGGAUUUUAGAAAAAAGCAAAUGAAGAAUACAGUGGAUGAGUGGACCAUUUAUCCUCCUUAGGCUAAAUUAAAAAUGACCAGAGGGCCUUGGGAACCAAACCCAUCAGCGUUUACCAGAACAAACGUGACUUGAAGUUUAUAUUGUAUGUAAAGCAGAAGUCCUUGAAGGCCAUUUAAGAAAUGCACUACUAUUUCACUAUUUGUUCAGCAGUACAGAAUUAAUUUGACAGUAAACUUUUCCUGGAAAUCAUGGUUCAUGUAGCUGCUAUUUCCAUGUUUAAAAAGAUUCUUUAGAAACAUUUUCUAUAGUAAGAAGUUUGAGCUGGAGCAACUCCUGUGUGUAGAUCUCCUUCUUGCCACAAGAGGGAACAGUGUGGCUACAGUCUCAUUGCCCCCCUAUGCCUUUAUUCUCUAUAGAUGCCCCUCUGCUGCAAAUCUGAGAGGAAGGUGCUCUGUAGAGAUUUCAGGGUGCCUCAGCCUGGCACUCUCUGCUGGAGAACGGGUAAAUUACUGUACAGAAGUCCAGGUUGGCGUUAACGUAGCCUUAAGUUGUAUUUGCUGCCCUCUGGGCUCCUUCAGCAACUCUGUUCUCAGUAGAGGGUGUGUGGAGUAAGAGGGGAGAGAGCCAUUUUUGCAGGCAGGCUCCUGCCUGCACUGUGAGGGAGUCCCUUCUUGCAUGCCAGGCUCCAUGCUGAUGGAAGGCCCUGUAAACUCCACAGCUCCUUUUCCGCCCAAGAUGAUGUUCUGCAGGAAGCUCCAUAAAAGUGAACCUCAAAGAAGAAUGGUCCCACCUCUCUGACCCCGCUCCUGCAGGAUUUUUCCCUGCAGGAGGAAGGAAAUUGGGCAGUUUAUUGUUUGCCUUUUCUUCCUCUAGAGAAAAAGUAAAAUUGUUUCCCAAUGCAAAUUAAUAGGUCAGAGCACAGAACCAUUCCUUUCCACCAGGCUGAUUGGUUAAGAAUGUUCAACUUAUACCCUUAAAAACAAAUAAAUCCUUGGUCUUCCAUCAUUAGAAAAGACAUUCCCCCCUAUGGUCUUAGAGACAGGGCUUUCCCAGUUCCACAUACUCACAUAUACACUACACCGUGGGGCAGCUGUUCUAUCUACAUAUUAUGUAUCAAUAGUUAUGAGAAAAGGCAUAGAUUCAGCACUGCCAUGUGUUUUUAUAUAAUCAAAAGAUUCUUGUUCUGCUUUACACAUACGGCUCUUCUAAUUCCAAUCGCUUAUUACUUUUCAAAUGUGUAGGCAGAUGUUGAACAAGAAAUGCCAUGAAAAAUCAACAUCAUCCCUAUGCUGUGCAGAAAAGUGAACAAUCCUCUGGAGUCCAGCUAAAAGUCCAUCUCUCAGGAGUCCUGCAGUACAAUUUCUUAACAUUUGGCUACCUUGCAGCACAAGGAGUAGUCCCCUUAAGAUGCAGGUGUUGGC